AAGUUUGUCCAAAUUCAAUGGGGCCUAAGCCUCGGUGGUCCGGUCCUCUCACUGUCUGGUUUGCUGCUUCCAUCGAGAAAUUGCUUGCUUCUCGCAAAUCCCACCCUUCCAAGGCUCUUCAAAAUAAAACUAUAAUCCUCAUUAAAACAUGGAAGGUGAAUUACACCUUCUCCACUGCAUCUUCUCAAAUCCAAGAUGCAAGUCUAUCUUGCAUAAUACUUGUUAUUAAACUAUUGCCUUGAUAAAAGAAAAACAAAAGUAAUCGUACCAAAGCUCUCCCUUUCGCUCGCUAGCAGCAAUGGAAGAAGCAAAGCAUCUUCUUUUACACUGAUGCCUCUCCCUGCGUUUUUCAGUUAGCGAAACCUUUCCUACCAGGCUCCUCAACCCAUACUUGGCAGCCUGUCAUGACUAGUGAUGAUACAACCACUCCAAGUUAUUGGUUGAACUGGAGAUUCUUCCUCUGCUCACUAUGGAUUCUUACUGCAAUGGUUCUGGCAACAAUUCUAAUAUGGAAAUAUGAAGGUUUCAACAAAUCAAGAUCUGACAGGAGAGAGAACCAACGACAAACAGUGUGGUCUUUGUAUGAAGAUGAAACCUGGAAGACGUGUCUCAAAGGAAUCCAUCCUGCCUGGCUGCUUACUUACAGAAUGAUGUCAUUUGUUGUGCUUCUGGCAUUGCUUAUUGCUGAUGUUGCUGUUGCUGGAGGUGGCAUUUUCUACUUUUAUACUCAGUGGACAUUUGUUUUGGUCACGAUCUAUUUUGGGCUUGGGUCUUCACUCUCCAUUUAUGGAUGUUGCAAGAACAACAAAGUUGAUGGAAAUGCGGUUUAUCAAGCAAAUUUAGAUGCUGAACAAGGAUCCUAUAUAGCUCCCACACUAGGGGAGAGCUUAGAUAUGUCCAAUAUGUUCAAGACUUCAUAUACUCAUGAAGAACCUCAUGCUCACCAUACUGCAGGUGUAUGGGGGUUUAUCUUUCAAAUAAUUUUUCAGAUGUGUGCCGGUGCUGUGACACUCACUGAUUGCAUAUUUUGGCUCAUUCUUUAUCCCUUUCUAACUGCCAAAGAAUAUGAUCUGGAUUUUUACAUUGUUAGUAUGCACUCAAUCAAUGUCGUUCUCCUCCUUGGUGACACAGUUCUAAAUUGCUUGCGAUUUCCAAUGUUUCGGAUUGCAUACUUUAUGCUAUGGACAGCUAUAUUUGUCAUUUUUCAAUGGGUCGUUCAUGCUUGCGUUUCCAUCUGGUGGCCAUAUCCAUUUCUCGACUUGUCAUCUCCUUAUUCUCCCUUAUGGUACCUUGGAGUGGGUUUGAUGCAUAUACCGUGCUAUGGCAUCUUUGCUUUAAUUGUUAGGUCGAAGCACAUAUUGCUGUCAAAAUGAUUCCCCGAUUCUUCUCGGACCCUGAGGUGAGGAAGUAGAUCAGGCUUUACACUGCCUUCAAUUGACCAUGUCACUAGCGCCCUAGUUAACCAUAGAACAAGGGCCAACACCACUAAGUCACACCAUUUCAUUAGUAGUUCCAGCUUCUUACUCUGGAUGAGUUUCUGCAGAGCUCAUUGCACUUUACAUCUGGAAACUAUGGGAAAGAAAUCGGUACAUAAAUUGUUGACAGCCGGUGGGCCUUAUUUUUUUUCCCGGAUACAGUUCAUCAGGCAUCCUGUGUUUUGUCUCCACCAGAAGGGUAAUUGUGCUAAAUAUGUUUGUGCUUGCAUAAAUUAUCACCAAGUCAUUGUAAAUUUUUUACUUAAACUCAAUUGGUUUUUCAUGUUUGGACCUUGCAAGUUGUGAACACUUAUUUUGAAUCAAAAUGUGGGUUUUUUU